UGAGCGCUUCCCAAGUUGCUCAACUUACAGUAAACUCUGGAGCACUGAACAACCCAGACAUGAUCACCAUGGUAUUUGACCAUCUAGAAAAUGCCAAUGCAUUCCAGAACAUGAAUGAUUUCCUGGCAGGUCUCAGCCAGAAUUCACAGGCUGUGGAAAUCCAUCUGGUGGUAAGGGACAUCAUGAUGAAUCGGACAUUUGCCAUCAUCAGUUUCCAUUUUACACAGUUCUUGAGAGUAGACUGGGUUUCCUGGUUCACGGUGAAACUGAUUCCUCUCCUGCCCAGCAUAAAUGCAGAGAUGCUCCAGACAGCAACAUCACAUGGCGACUGCAUUGCAUUCCACGCAAUCGUUAAAGGUCUUAGCAGCGUCUUUGACCAGAUGUCACUGGAGAGACAGCAGGAGCUCACACUUGUUCUGGUGGAUCAUCUGAAACACUCUGGCAGAUCGGGCUCAACCUGCGGGUCAGACACCAGCAGUCUCAGCGCCUGGCUUGAUGUGAAUUUUGGUAAACUUUCAGUCUAUGUGGCAUUCCAAGAUCUGCUACUGCUCAAUGCGAACUUUUUCAAUUUUGAGGAACUGGACUUUCUGAGCACUUCCCAAGUUGCUCAACUUACGGUGAACUCUGGAGCACUGUACAACCCAGACAUGAUCACCAUGGUAUUUGACCAUCUAGAAAAUGGUGAUGCGUUCCAGAACGUGAAUGAUUUCCUGGCAGGCCUCGCCCACAAUUCACAGGCUUUGGAAAUCCAUCCGGUGGUGAGGGACGUCAUGAUGAAUCGAACCUUUGCCAUAAUCAGUCUCCAUUUUACACAAUUCUUGAGAGAAGACUGGGUUUCCUGGUUCACGAUGAAACUGAUUCCUCUCCUGCCCAGCAUAACUGCAGAGAUGCUUCAGACAUCAACAUCAGUUGGCGACUGCAUCGCAUUCCACACAAUCGUUGAGGGUCUUAGCAGCGUCUUUGACCAGAUGUCACUGAAGAGACAGCAGACGAUCACACUUGUGCUGGUGGAUCAUCUGAAACACACCGCCGGAUCGGGCUCAACCUGCGGGUCAGACACCAGUAGUCUCAACGCCUGGCUUGAUGUGAACUUUGGUAAAUUCUCAGUCGACGUGGCAUUCCAAGAUCUGCUACUGCUCAAUGAGAACUUUUCCAAUUUUGAAGCACUGGACUCUCUGAGCGCUUCCCAAGUUGGUAAGCUGACAGUGGACUCUGGAGCACUGAACAACCCAGACAUGAUCACAAUGGUAUUUGACCAUCUAGAAAAUGGCGAUGCGUUCCAGAACGUGAAUGAUUUCCUGGCAGGUCUCACCCAGAAUUCGCAGGCUUUGGAAAUAAAUCCAGUGGUGAGGGACAUGAUGAUGAAUCGGACCUUUGCCAUCAUCAGUCUCCAUUUUACAGAGUUCUUAAGAGAAGACUGGGUUUCCUGGUUCACCGUGCAACUGAUUCCUCUCUUGCCCAGCAUAACUGCAGAGAUGCUCCAGAAAGCAACAUCCUAUGGCGAUUGCAACGCAUUCCACUCAAUCGUUGAGGGUCUUAGCAGCGUUUUUGACCAGAUGUCACUGGAGAGACAGCAGGAACAUACACUUGUUCUGGUGGAUCAUCUGAAACACACCACAGGAUCAGGCUCAACCUGUGGGUCAGACACCAGCAGUCUCAGAGCCUGGCUUGAUGUGAACUUUGGUCAAUUCUCAGUCCACGUGGCAUUCCAAGAUCUGCUACUGCUCAAUGCAAACUUUUCCAAUUUUGAGGCACUGGACUUUCUGAGCGCUUCCCAAGUUGCUCAACUUACUGUGAAAUCUGUAGCACUGAAGAACCCAGACAUGAUCACCAUGGUAUUUGACCAUCUAGAAAAUGGUGAUGCAUUCCAAAAUGUGAAUGAUUUCCUAGCAGGUCUCACCCAGAAUUCGCAGGCCUUGGAAAUCCAUCCGGUGGUGAGGGACGUCAUAAUGAAUCGGACCUUUACCAUCAUCAGUCUCCAUUUUACACAGUUCUUGAGAGUAGACUGGGUUUCCUGGUUCACGGAGAAACUGAUUCCUCUUCUGCCCAGCAUAACUGCAGAGAUGCUCCAGACAGCAACAUCAGACAGCGACUGCAUCGCAUUCCACAUAAUCGUUGAGGGUCUUAGCAGCGUCUUUGACCAGAUGUCACUGGAGAGACAGCAGGAGCUCACACUUGUUCUGGUGGAUCAUCUGAAACACCCCAGCAGAUCGGGCUCAACCUGCGGGUCAGACACCAGCAGUCUCAGCGCCUGGCUUGAUGUGAACUUUGGUAAAUUCUCCGUCUACGUUGAAUUCCAAGAUCUGCUACUGCUCAAUGCAAACUUUUUCAAUUCUGAGGCACUGGACUCUCUGGGUGCUUCCCAAGUUGCUAAGCUGUUGGUGGACUCUGGAGGAAUGAACAACCCAGACAUGAUCACAAUGGUAUUUGAACAUCUAGAAAAAGGCGAUGCAUUCCAGAACAUGAAUGAUUUCCUGGCAGGUCUCACCCAGAAUUCACAGGAUUUGGAAAUACAUCCGGUGGUAAGGGGCAUCAUGAUGAAUCGGACCUUUGCCAUCAUCAGUCUCCAUUUUACUGAGUUUUUGAGAGGAGACUGGGUUUCUUGGUUUACCGUGAAACUGAUUCCUCUCCUGCCCAGCAUAACUGCAGAGAUGCUCCAGACAGCAACAUCCUACGGGGACUGCAUCGCUUUCCACGCAGUCGUUAAGGGUCUUAGCAGCGUCAUUGAUCAGAUGUCACUGGAGAGACAGCAGGAGCUCACACUUGUUCUGGUGGAUCAACUGAAACACACCAGUGGAUCGGGCUCAACCUGUGGGUCAGACACCAGCAGUCUCAGAACCUGGCUUGAUGUGAACUUUGGUAAUUUCUCAGUCUACGUGGCAUUCCAAGAUCUGAUAGUGCUCAAUGCAAACUUUUCCAAUUUUGAGGCACUGGACCUUCUGAGCGCUUCCCAAGUUGCUCAACUUACGGUGAACUCUGGAGCACUAAACAACCCAGACAUGAUCACCAUGGUAUUUGACCAUCUAGAAAAUGCUGAUGCCUUCCAGAACGUGAAUGAUUUCCUGGCAGGUCUCUCCCAGAAUUCGCAGGCUUUGGAUAUUCAUCCGGUGGUGAGGGACAUCAUGAUGAAUCGGACCUUUGCCAUCAUCAGUCUUCAUUUUACAGAGUUCUUGAGAGUAGACUGGGUUUCCUGGUUCACGGUGAAACUGAUUCCUCUCCUGCCGAGCAUAACAGCAGAGAUGCUCAAGACAGCAACAUCAGACGGCGACUGCAUUGCAUUCCACGCAAUCGUUAAGGGUCUUAGCAGCGUCUUUGACCAGAUAUCACUGGAGAGACAGCAGGAGCUCACACUUAUUCUGGUGGAUCAUCUGAAACACACCAGCGAAUCGGGAUCAACCUGCGGGUCAGACAGCAGCAGUCUCAGCGCCUGGCUUGAUAUGAACUUUGGUAAAUACUCAGUCUACGUGGCAUUCCAAGAUCUGCUAUUGCUCAAUGCGAACUAUUCCAAUUUUGAGGCACUGGCCUCUCUGAGCGCUUCCCAAGUUGCUAAGGUGACGGUGGACUCCGGAGCACUGAACAACCCAGACCUGAUCACCAUGGUAUUUGACCAUCUAGAAAAUGGCGAUGCGUUCCAGAACAUGAAUGAUUUCUUGACUGGUCUCACCCAGAAUUUGCAGGUUUUGGAAAUCCAUUCAGUGGUGAGGGACAUGAUGAUAAAUCGGACAUUUGCUAUCAUCAGUCUCCAUUUCACAGAGUUCUUGAAAGGAGACUGGGAUUCCUGGUUCACCGUGAAACUGAUUCCUCUCUUGCCCAGCAUAACUGCAGAGAUGCUCCAGACAGCAACAUCCUACGGCGACUGCAUCGCAUUUCACGCAAUAGUUGAGGGUCUUAGCAGCGUCAUUGACCAGAUGUCACUGGAGAGACAGCAGGAACUCACAAUUGUUCUGGUGGAUCAUCUGAAACACACCGGCGGAUCAGGCUCAACCUGUGGGUCAGACACCAGCAGUCUCAGAGCCUGGUUUGAUGUGAACUUUGGUAAAUUCUCAGUCUACGUAGCAUUCCAAGAUCUGCAACUGCUCAAUGCAAACUUUUCCAAAUUUGAGGCACUGGACCUUCUGAGCGCUUCCCAAGUUGCUCAACUUACGGUGGCCUCUGGAGCACUAAACAACCCAGACAUGAUCACCAUGGUAUUUGACCAUCUAGAAAAAGGCAAUCCGUUCCAGAAUGUGAAUGAUUUCUUGGCAGGUCUUGCCCAGAAUUCGCAGGCUUUGGAAAUCCAUCCAGUGGUGAGGGAUGUCAUGAUGAAUCGGACCUUUGCCAUCAUCAAUCUCCAUUUUACAGAGUUCUUGAGAGUAGACUGGGUUUCCUGGUUCACAGUGAAACUGAUUCCUCUCCUGCCCAGCAUAACUGCAGAGAUGCUCCAGACAGCAACAUCCUACGGCAACUGCAUUGCAUUCCACGCAAUCGUUGAGGGUCUUAGCAACGUCUUUGACCAGAUGUCACUGGAGAGACAGCAGGAGCUCACACUUGUUCUGGUGGAUCAUCUGAAACACUCCGGCAGAUCAGGCUCAACCUGCGGGUCAGACACCAGCAGUUUAAGAGCCUGGCUUGAUGUGAACUUUGGUCAAUUCUCAAUCUAUGUGGAAUUCCAAGAUCUGCUACUGCUCAAUGCAAACUUUUUCAAUUUUGAAGCACUGGACUCUCUUAGCACUUUCCAAGUUGCUAAGCUGACGGUGGACUAUGGAGCACUGAACAACCCAGACAUGAUCACCAUGGUAUUUGACCAUCUAGAAAAUGGCGAUGCGUUCCAGAACAUGAAUGAUUUCCUGGCAGGUCUCACAGAGAAUUCGCAGGCUUUGGAAAUCCAUCCAGUGGUGAGGGACAUCAUGAUGAAUCGGACCUUUGCCAUCAUCAGUCUCCAUUUUACAGAGUUCUUGAGAGGAGACUGGGUUUCCUGGUUCACCAUGAAAAUUAUUUCUCUCUUACCCAGCAUAACUGCAGAGAUGCUCCAGAAAGCAACAUCCUACAGCGACUGCAUCACAUUCCACGCAAUCGUUGAGGGUCUAAACAGCGUGUUUAACCAGAUGUCACUGGAGAGACAGCAGGAGCUCACAAUUGUUCUGGUGGACCAUCUGAAAAACACUGGCGGAUCGGGCUCAACCUGUGGGUCAGACACCAGCAGUCUCAGAGUCUGGCUUGAUAUGAACUUUGGUCAAUUCUCAGUCUACGUGGCAUUCCAAGAUCUGCUACUGCUCAAUGCAAAGUUUUCCAAUUUUGAGGCACUGGACCUUCUAAGCGCUUCCCAAGUUGCUCAACUUACGGUGAACUCUGGAGCACUGAACAACCCAGAUAUGAUCACCAUGGUAUUUGGCCAUCUAGAAAAUGUAGAUGCGUUCCAGAACGUGAAUGAUUUCCUGACCGGUCUAGCCCAGAAUUCGCAGGAUUUGGAAAUCCAUCCGGUGGUGAGGGACAUCAUGAUGAAUCGGACCUUUGCCAUCAUUAGUCUCCAUUUUACACAGUUCGUGAGAGUAGACUGGGUUUCCUGGUUCACGGUAAAACUGAUGCCUCUCCUGCCCAGCAUAACUCCAGAGAUGCUCCAGAAAGCAACAUCAGAUGGCGACUGCAUUGCAUUCCACGCAAUCAUUGAGGGUCUCAGCAGUGUCUUUGAAAAGAUGUCACUGGAGAGACAGCAGGAGCUCACAAUUGUUCUGGUGGAUCAUCUGAAACACUCCAGUGAAUCGGGCUCAACCUGUGGAUCAGACACCAGCAGUCUCAGAGCCUGGCUUGAUGUGAACUUUGGUAAAUUCUCAGUCUACGUGGCAUUCCAAGAUCUGCUAUUGCUCAAUGAGAACUUUUUCAAUUUUGAGGCACUGGACUCUCUGAGCGCUUCCCAAGUUGCUAAGCUGACGGUGGACUCUGGAGCACUGAACAACCCAGACAUGAUCACCAUGGUAUUUGACCAUUUAGAAAAUGGUGAUGCCUUCCAGAACGUGAAUGAUUUCCUUGCAGGUCUCACCCAGAAUUCGCAGACUUUCGAAUUCCAUCCUGUGGUGAGGGACAUCAUGAUGAAUCGGACCUUUGCCAUCAUUAGUCUCCAUUUUACACAGUUCUUGGGAAUAGACUGGGUUUCCUGGUUCACGGUAAAACUGAUGCCUCUCCUGCCCAGCAUAACUGCAGAGAUGCUCCAGAAAGCAACAUCAGACGGCGACUGCAUUGCAUUCCACGCAAUGGUUGAGGGUCUUAGCAGCGUCUUUGACCAGAUGUCUCUACAGAGACAGCAGGAGCUCACAAUUGUUCUGGUGGACCAUUUGAAACACACUGGCGGAUCGGGCUCAACCUGUGGGUCAGACACCAGCAGUCUCAGAGUCUGGCUUGAUAUGAACUUUGGUCAAUUCUCAGUCUACGUGGCAUUCCAAGAUUUGCUACUGCUCAAUGCAAACUUCUCCAAUUUUGAGGCACUGGACCUUCUGAGCGCUUCCCAAGUUGCUCAACUUACGGUGAACUCUGGAGCACUGAACCACCCAGACAUGAUCACCAUGGUGUUUGACCAUCUAGAAAAUGCCAAUGCGUUUCAGAACGUGAAUGAUUUCCUGGCAGGUCUCGCCCAGAAUUCAGAGGCUUUGGAAAUCCAUCCGGCGGUGAGGGACAUCAUGAUGAAUCAGACCUUUGCCAUCAUCAGUCUCCAUUUUACACAGUUCUUGAGAGUAGACUGGGUUUCCUGGUUCACUGUGAAACUGAUUCCUCUCCUGCCCAGCAUAACUGCAGAGAUGCUCCAUAAAGCAACAUCAGACGGCGACUGCAUUGCAUUCCACGCAAUCGUUGAGGGUCUUAGCAGCGUCUAUGACCAGAUGUCACUGGAGAGACAGCAGGAGCUCACACUUGUUCUGGUGGAUCAUCUGAAACACACUAGUGGAUCGGGCUCAACCUGUGGGUCAGACACCAGCAGUCUCAGCGCCUGGCUUGAUUUGAACUUUGGUAAAUUCUCAGUCGACGUUGCAUUCCAAGAUCUGCUACUGCUCAAUGCAAACUUUUGGCAUUUUGAGGCACUGGACCAUCUGAGCUCUUCCCAAGUUGCUCAACUUACGGUGAACUCUGGAGCACUGUACAACCCAGACAUGAUCACCUUGGUAUUUGACCAUCUAGAAAAUGACCAUGCGUUCCAAAACGUGAAUGAUUUCCUGGCAGCUCUCGCACAGACUUCACAGGCUUUGGAAAUCCAUCCGGUGGUGAGGGACGUCAUGAUGAAUCGGACCUUUGCCAUCAUCAGUCUCCAUUUUGCACAGUUCUUGGGAGUAGACUGGGUUUCCUGGUUCACAGUGAAAUUGAUUCCUCUACUGCCAAGCAUAACUGCAGAGAUGCUCCAGAGAGCAACAUCAGACGACAACUGCAUCGCAUUCCACGCAAUCGUUGAGGGUCUUAGCAGCGUCUAUGACCAGAUGUCACUGGAGAGACAGCAGGAGCUUACACUUGUUCUGGUGGAUCAUCUGAAACACACCGGUGGAUCAGGAUCAACCUGCGGGUCAGACAGCAGCAGUCUCAGCGCCUGGCUUGAUAUGAACUUUGGUAAAUACUCAGUCUACGUGGCAUUCCAAGAUCUGCUAUUGCUCAAUGCGAACUAUUCCAAUUUUGAGGCACUGGCCUCUCUGAGCGCUUCCCAAGUUGCUAAGGUGACGGUGGACUCCGGAGCACUGAACAACCCAGACCUGAUCACCUUGGUAUUUGACCAUCUAGAAAAUGACCAUGCGUUCCAAAACGUGAAUGAUUUCCUGGCAGCUCUCGCACAGACUUCACAGGCUUUGAAAAUCCAUCCAGUGGUGAGGGACAUGAUGAUGAAUCAGACCUUUGCCAUCAUCAGUCUCCAUUUUACUGAGUUCUUGAGAGAAGACUGGGUUUCCUGGUUCACCGUGCAAUUGAUUCCCCUCUUGCCCAGCAUAACUGCAGAGAUGCUCCAAACAGCAACAUCCUACUGCGACUGCAUCGCAUUCCACGCAAUCGUUGAGGGUCUUAGCAGCGUCAUUGACAGGAUGACACUGGAGAGACAGCAGGAACUCACAAUUGUUCUGGUGGAUCAUCUGAAACACACCGCAGGAUCGGGCUCAACCUGUGGGUCAGAUACCAGCAGUCUCAGUGCCUGGCUUGAUGCGAACUUUGGUAAAUUCUCAGUCUACGUUGAAUUCCAAGAUCUGCUACUGCUCAAUGCAAACUUUUCCAAUUUUGAUUCACUGGACUCUCUGAGUGCUUCCCAAGUUGCUCAUCUUACGUUGAACUCUGAAGCACUGAACAACCCAGACAUGAUCACCAUGGUAUUUGACCAUCUAGAAAAUGGUGAUGCGUUCCAAAACGUGAAUGAUUUCCUGGCAGGUCUCACCCAGAAUCCGCAGGCUUUGGAAAUCCAUCCGGUGGUGAGGGACUUCAUGAUGAAUCGGACCUUUGCCAUCAUCAGUCUCCAUUUUACAGAGUUCUUAAGAGUAGACUGGGUUUCCUGGUUCAUGGUGAAACUGAUUCCAGUCCUGCCCAGCAUAACUGCAGAGAUGCUCCAGACAGCAACAUCCUACAGCGACUGCAUCGCAUUCCACACAAUCGUUGAGGGUCUUAGCAACGUCUUUGACCAGAUGUCACUGGAGAGACAGCAGGAGCUCACACUUGUUCUGGUGGAUCAUCUGAAACACCCCAGCAGAUCAGACUCAACCUGCGGGUCAGACACCAGCAGUCUCAGUGCCUGGCUUGAUGUAAACUUUGGUAAAUUCUCAGUCUACAUUGCAUUCCAAGAUCUGCUACUGCUCAAUGCAAAUUUUUUCAAUUUUGAGGCACUGGACUCUUUGAACGCUUCACAAGUUGCUAAGCUGACGGUGAACUCUGGAGCACUGAACAACCCACACAUGAUCACCAUGGUUUUUGACCAUCUAGAAAAUGGUGAUGCAUUCCAGAACGUGAAUGAUUUCCUGGCAGGUCUCACCCAGAAUUCGCAAUCUUUGGAAAUCCAUCCGGUGGUGAGGGACAUCAUGAUGAAUCGGACCUUUGCCAUCAUUAGUCUCCGUUUGACCGAGUUCUUAAGAGGAGACUGGGUUUCUUGGUUCACAGUGAAACUGAUUCCUCUCCUGCCCAGCAUAACUGCAGAGAUGCUCCAGACAGCAACAUCAUACGGCGACUGCAUUGCAUUCCACGCAAUUGUUGAGGGUCUUAGCAGCGUCAUUCACCAGAUGUCACUGGAGAGACAGCAGGAGCUCACAGUUGUUUUGGUGGAUCAUCUGAAACACACCAGUGAAUCGGGCUCAACCUGUGGGUCAGAUACCAGCAGUCUCAGAGCCUGGCUUGAUGCCAACUUUGGUCAAUUCUCAGUCUACGUGGCAUUCCAAGAUCUGCUUAUGCUCAAUGCGAACUUUUCCAAGUUUGAGGCACUGGACCUUCUGAGCGCUUCCCAAGUUGCUCAACUUACGGUGAACUCUGGAGCCCUGCACAACCCAGACAUGAUCACCAUGGUAUUUGACUAUCUAAAAAAUGGCGAUGCAUUCCAGAACGUGAAUGAUUUCCUGGCAGGUCUCGCCCAGAAUUCGCAGGAUUUGGAAAUCCAUCCGUUGGUGAGGGACAUCAUGAUGAAUCGGACCUUUGCCAUCAUCAGUCUCCAUUUUACAGAGUUCUUGAGAGAAGACUGGGUUUCCUGGUUCACAGUGAAAUUGAUUCCUCUCCUGCCCAGCAUAAAUGCAGAGAUGCUCCAGACAGCAACAUCAGACGGCGACUGCAUUGCAUUCCAGGCAAUUGUUGAGGGUCUUAGCAGCGUCUUUGACCAGAUGUCACCGGAGAGACAGCAGGAGCUCACACUUGUUCUUCUGGAUUAUCUGAAACACAUCGGCGGAUCGGGCUCAACCUGUGGGUCAGACACCAGCAGUCUAAGCGCCUGGCUGUAUGUGAACUUUGGUAAAUUCUCAGUCUACGUGGGAUUCCAAGAUCUGAUACUGCUCAAUCCAAACUUUUCCAAUUUUGGGGCACUGGACUUUUUAAGUGCUUCCCAAGUUGCUAAACUGACGGUGGACUUUGGAGCACUAAACAACCUAGACAUGAUCACCAUGGUGUUUGACCAUCUAGAAAAUGGCAAUGCUUUCCAGAACAUGAAUGAUUUCCUGGAAGGUCUCACCCAGAAUUCGCAGGCUUUGGAAAUCCAUCCAGUGGUGAGGGACAUUAUGAUGAAUCGGACCUUUGCCAUCAUCAGUCUCCAUUUUACUGAGUUCUUAAGAGGAGACUGGGUUUCCUGGUUCACGGUGAAACUGAUUCCUCUCCUGCCCAGUAUAACUGCAGAGAUGCUCCAAACAGCAACAUCCUACGGCGACUGCAUCACAUUCCAUGCAAUCGUUGAGGGUCUUAGCAGCGUCUUUGAUCAGAUGUCACUGGAGAGACAGCAGGAGCUCACACUUGUUCUAGUGGGCUAUCUAAAACAGAGCUACAGAUCGGGCUCAACCUGUGGGUCAGACACCAGCAGUAUCAUCGCUUGGCUUGAUGUAAACUUUGGUAAAUUCUCCGUCUAUGUGAAUUUUGAAGAUCUGCAGGAGAGAGAAAUGAAGGAAACUGUCUGUCAAAAGAUGAUUUAUUGCCAGUUAUGUCAAUUAUGUUCUCCCCACUCAACUCCAUUACAUAUAACCACCCCUCCUUCUUCCACUUCUGGGUGAUUCCACCAAUAGAGGAUAUGUUGCUAUUCAUGUGUGUUUUGUGAAGGAAUAACAUUAGGACAAAAUUUUGUGAUUUAAAGUUUAAAAAGUCAAAUGAAAGGUAAAUGGGUUGUUGUUUAUUUUAAAUUAGUGUUAAGUGUGUAGUGUUCUAUGAACUUUCUGAUAAACUUCAUGAUUUUAUUUUCGUAAAUUAGUACAAACUCUGUUAAAAAGCAUCAAAUUCAAGAAUUCAAUUCAAUUGUAAUACGUUAAAAUGUGUUUUUAAAACAAUUAUAAUUUAGAAAAAAGUUCAAUUCAUGUUUAUUUCUAUAGUGCUAUUCACAGUUUAUCAUUAGAGCAAAGCAGCUAUUCAUAAAUACAAAGUACAAGCAAAUAAAAAAUGGUGUAUAAAUGGAUUAUAAAUGGUAUUGUUACAGAAUAUACAUGUAUAAUCUUAUAAAUUAUAUUACUGGUAAAUUGCCAGUACUUAUUAAUUAGCACACACAAUCUAAUAACAGUACUGUACUUGUAAUUUACUUAUAAAAACUGUAUGUGUUAAAUCAACUAAUAAAAAGCAGAAUGA